AUGACUGAUACCAUACAGAACCGCACCUACGAAUUCCAGCAGUGCGUGGCGCUGUACGAUAAGAUCAACAAGCGAAAUCACGCCACCCAGGCCUCAAAGAGCCAACCGGCGAAGCGCCUGCCGUUCUCUCAACAGGCCCUGGUCAUCGCCAGAGAUAUCCUGCAUGUCACCGACUUAUUGGGCAAGCUUGCCCUCUUGGCGAAGCGGAAGCCGUUGUUUGACGACAAACCCGUCGAGAUUGGCGAGUUGACUUAUGUCAUCAAACAGGAGAUCUUUAAAAUCGAAAAUAACAUCCAGACGCUCCAGAAAGUGAUGAAGGGCGAUACUCUGAUCCAGGUCGACACCCAGACGCUGCAGUUCCUGAAAAACGUCGUUAACUUGCUCAAUACCAAGAUGAAGUCGGUGCUGGGCGAGUUUAAGACGGUGCUUGAGAUCCGCCAGAAAAACGAGAUUGCCAGCAAGACCCGCCAGGAAAACUUCCUCAGUGCUACCUCCACCGUCAAUUCCACCCGCACCCAGUCUCCUUUAGACCCCGUGGGGUCCAAAGCCGCCGGUAUCCAUUUACUGGAAAACCCCUACAUGCUGUACGAUGACCCUGCCGACGAGGUGUUGCUGCUCCCCAACCAACAGCAGCAGUUGCUCUUAAUGGAGGAGCAGCAGGGCGCCUACCUCCAGGAACGGCUGCGGGCAGUGGAGACGAUUGAGCUGACGAUCAACGAGGUGGGCAAUUUAUUCCAACAAUUGGCGACGAUGGUCAACGAACAAGGAGAGCAGAUCCAGCGGAUCGACGAGAACGUCGAGGACAUCAACUUAAACAUCCAGGGGGCCCAAAGGGAGUUGCUUAAGUACUACGCCCACAUCACCAAUAACCGGUGGCUUUUCCUUAAGAUCUUUGGCGUGUUGAUCCUCUUCUUCUUGAUCUGGGUGUUGGUGGGUUAA